CCGAGCCUCCGACCUGCGGAAACAUGGCCGAGAUGCAUAACCUACAGGAGAUGAGGAGAAGUGCCUCACUGGCUACCAAAGUGUAUAUACAAAGGGAUUACAGCGAAGGAACAAUGUGCCAGUUCCAGACUAAGUUCCCACCAGAACUUGACAGUCGGAUUGAGAAGCAGUUUUUUGAGGAGACGGUGAAGACUCUCAAUCUGUACUAUAUGGAGGCUGAGAAGAUCGGAGGUAGCUCUUAUCUAGAGGGAUGCCUAGCUUGUGCUACAGCUUAUUUCAUCUUCCUCUGUAUGGAGACACACUAUGAAAAGGUUUUGAAGAAAAUCUCUAAAUACAUCCAGGAACAAAAUGAGAAGAUCUAUGCUCCCAGAGGUCUCCUAAUUACUGAUCCAGUAGAACGUGGAAUGCGUGUUAUCGAGAUCUCCAUUUAUGAAGACCGAUGCAGUAGCGGCAGUAGUAGCAGUGGCAGCUCCAGCAGCACCAUCAGUGCAGGCGGGGGUGGCGUCGCCAGUCGUGCCCGAUGACUGGCAGAGAGUCCCUGCGGGGACCUGUACUGCCGGGACGAUGGCCUUUCUGAAAUACGAAGACUGCGAUAUCAGAGCACAAGGUUCUAAAUCUAGAUUAAGACGAUGACUCCUAAUACCUGGACAUGACUAGGAGUAUCAAAAUGUCACCACUGACUAGCUUGACGACCAACUGAAUUAUUCAAGCAAAA